GCAAACAGAACUAUGCCAAAGAGAUAAGCAGUUCUCAAACGUUAGCACAUCAGGAUUACCUGGAGGGCUUGUGAAAGCACAGUUUGCUGGGGGCCCAGACUUUGCAGUUCUUACAGGUUCCCAGGUGCUGCUGAUGGUGCCGGUUUAGGGGCCGCACUUGGAGGAACCACCGCGUCGUAGUAUACCAGUGCGUGUUUUAUUGGGGGCUGCGUAUGGGCACUUAGAUAUGUGAGUACUCUAACUCUCCUGCCUAGACAGCAUAUUCUUCAUUACAUUUUGAUCACGUUCACAGUAAAGUGAGCUUGUUUUCUCUCUGCUCAUCUCAGAGACAAUCCAGACAUCUUGAGUUGUAGAGGGAGACACAGGUUUAAAAGUUUGUAUCAGAUCGUUACACCGUUAGGUAUAAUGCUUCAGUUAGAGUGUUAUUCGUAUGUGGCAGUCUAGCGCAAGAUCAAAAAGAUUCUUAAGCUAGACUACACGGUUUCUUUGAAAAAAUAAUAUUGUUACCCUUCGUUAGACAAGCACAUUGUAAUGGCAGAUCUUUGCAGUAUGUGCCAGACAUAGUGAUAAGCGCUUUCUAUGCCGUAUCUCAUUGAAUCUUUACAAACUCGGAGGAAAUUUGCGCCUAAUUGUCUCGCAAAAUGGGUAUUGGAGCCCUGAGGGGCUAAAUAACUUGUUCUAAUUUAUGAACCUGGGGAUCCAACUUAGGUCUGCCUGAUCCCUUCGCCCAUAUAUGUAGUCAUGACCCUGUACAGAAUCCUCCAUAGAGUGUGUUCUUCCACGGACAAAGCAUUUUAUACAGACGGCAUCACUGGCUCUGGGAACUUACAUUCUCAGGCAGAAGACAGCGAAGAAGUACCGCUGUGCUCUCCUCUCACGGUCCCGUGAGCCCUGUGUCACACAGCAGCUCCUGCGGCUGGUCCUGUGAGCCCUGUGUCACACAGCAGCUCCUGCAGCUGUUACAGUUUACCUGGCGGUCCCCUUGGCGCCAUUUAUAUACAAGGGCCUGUGCUCUGAAGAAGGAUCAGGUUGACGACUGGAGAAUGGACAAAGUUAACUAGCUCGUGCGUGAUUAGCUUCAUUAAUAACUUGCUUUAAUCCAGGAGUUCUUAACAUACCCCAGUGAGUCUGUGAAUUGUAAAAUUAUAUUCAGAAUUUUGUCUGAAGUCGUGCAGUUUUCUGGUGCGUCUCUGACUUCACUUACCAUUGACCACAGGAAUGCAGGGAACACGCUGUACCUUCUAGUAGCUGCGGGUUUCAGACACUGAAGAAAAGCGUACGUUGGUGCUGACUAGUGAACAGCGCUAAGAGGUGUCUUUCUUCUAGGAGAUGCAAGAGAAGCUCCGGAAUUUUGCGCAGCUUCCCGCUCACCGCGUCACGGACUCCUGCGUGGUGGCGCUUCUCUCCCACGGUGUGGAGGGCGGCGUCUAUGGCGUGGACGGCACGCUGCUUCAGCUACAAGAGGUUUUUCGGCUCUUUGACAAUGCCAACUGCCCGAGCCUGCAGAACAAACCGAAAAUGUUCUUCAUCCAGGCCUGCCGCGGAGAUGAAACAGACCGUGGGGUCGACCAGCAAGACGGGAAGAACCACGAGAGACCCCCCGAGUGCGAGGAGAGCGACGCCAGUGAAGAGGAGGGGCUGAAGAUGCGACUGCCCACUCGCUCGGACAUGAUCUGUGGCUACGCCUGCCUCAGAGGGACCGCUGCCAUGCGCAACACCAAGCGGGGCUCCUGGUACGUGGAGGCCCUCACUCAGGUGUUCUCUGAGAGGGCCUGUGACAAGCAUGUGGCUGACAUGCUCGUGGAGGUGAACGCGCUCAUCAAGGAGCGUGAAGGCUACGCCCCGGGCACGGAGUUCCACCGAUGCAAGGAGAUGUCCGAGUACUGUAGCACUCUGUGCCGUCACCUCUAUCUCUUCCCGGGACACCCUCCCACGUGAGGCCGCCUCCCGUCACCCGUGCCACGUGGAGGCCGCUGGACCACAGGAGGCGUGAUGGAGCCUCCUCUCUCCAGGACACACGGUUUCUGUCCCUCCCCCUCAGGGAUUGGGAAUAUCCCAGACUCAUUUCACACGCCCAUUGUCUCCACCUUUGACCUGGGACUACAGGCCGCCUCCUCCCAUGGGAGGCUCUCUCCCUGUGGAACCAGCUCCGGCUGGUCUUGUUGCCAGGAGCGUUUGGCCUCAGUUGAGGGACCUGGCAAGUGAUGUUAUGAACAUAGUGUCUCGAUGGGGAGAGGGCAUGUGCUGCGUUUCCUCGAUGUUUGUGUUCAGUGUCUGCCCCCAGGGCUCUGGUAGGAGGCGUUUGGUGAUGGCUUUUAUUGCUUUAGUUGAGGUGUCUCAGAGGUCAUCUCCUAUCUUUUCUGUCACUUCCCAGCCCCGUUUGUCUCAGAGUGAGAGUUUGGAAGGUGUCCUCGUUUAACAUAGACCUUUUUCAUUUGGUUUCAGAAGGCCAAGCAGGACAGGAGUCACUCUCUGCUGCUGUGGGUGGGCCCUUACCUGUGCAUUCAUUCCCUUCAGUUCCAGAAUGUCACCCCCUGGAAGGACUGCCUUCUCAACUCCACUCUUGGCUCCUUGGGGCUCAGGGAAUCCAGCGUUCGGCAGAGGUUAGGGUUUGGAUGCCUUGUAUCUGUUACUUGUUGAUCUUUGCCCAUGGAAGUUUCAAAGAUCUUUAAAUUGGUGGUUCUCUCUCUGAGCUUUGUACCUGAAAUGAGCCUUGCGGCGAGUGUCAGCAGAGGCAGAUAAGAGUGGCAUGCUUGCUCAUACUUUGUAAUCUGUCACCUUAUCCUCGUUUUUCUUCCUAUGAAGUGUCCCCUC